GCACAAUGCUGGUGGCAUCAACGCGAACUGCAACAGACCUGGAGUUUUCCAUCCAGGAACGUCCGGAAAAGCCCGACUAGUGUCAACCAUCCGAAGCGAAUCUGUUCAGGUGCACUUGCUCCUUUGUUCUGGUGGAUGAGGCAGAUGCGCGCGAGGAAGCAUUCGAGCUUAAGCGCGAAGCUGGAGCAGGACACCCCGAGGUACACACAGGAGGAAUUGUCGAGCAUGACAGUCAAGGAUCUGAAAGCGCUGUGCAAGCAGAGGUGCUUGAAAGUUUCGGGUAAGAAAGAAGACCUGGUGCAUCGGCUUGUCCAGGUUGUAGCAGGUUUGCAGAACUACUCGACUGUGUCCGAGCCAGGAGAAAAUGCUGCGGAAGAAACCUCCCAGGCUGAGGUGGGAUACACACAGGCCCAGCAGGAGCUGAAUGUCUUUUCCUUGCACGACCUGCGUGAUCUCUGUGAAGAGAGGGGUCUGACCUCCACCGGGACCAAGGCAGAUCUGGUGCGCCGCCUGACUGUCCAGCAGGCCCAAGAGACUGACCGCGAGGAAACGAGAAAGGCUCAAAUGCAGCCUUUGCAGAGUGCACGGCAGCAACUCAAGAGCCCGGAAGAUAAGUUCUUGCAGGCCAUGAAGCAGGAUACGCUGGACAUCCACACUCUCGAGGAAAUAUUCCAGGCAGAGAUGCCGAAACCAGGCGAAAUCGUCACUGGUAUCGUCACCUCUCUCGUCGAGUGGGGAGCGUUUGUUGAACUGGAACGAACCGGCUGGUCGGGUCUCAUCCACAUCUCUGAGCUCAGCGACGUCUUCGUGGACAACAUCGAGGACUACAUCCAGCCUGGCCAACGCGUCGAGGCGCUGGUCAUCGAGAGACCUGGAGAUCGACUUGACAGGCUCAGCUUGUCACUACGAAGACUCAAGGACUUAAAGAAGUACGACCCCGAGACCUUAGCUGCAGUGGGUCCGCUGGCGCCCAUGGCGAAGCCCGGUGUAGUGCGAGAGGAGGAGUUCAGCCAGUUGCAGGACCGGGUUGCGGCUCUUGAAGCCAUCAUCGUGGAGAUGGGGCAUGGUCAGGCGCUGCGAGACGCGCGCUACCAGUCGAGCAAGUCGAAUCGAAAGCCGGCGGUUGCCCCUCUCGCAGAAAUGCUCGAGGGGACCGGGACGGGGACGGAGACCCCAAAGUCAAAGGGUCUUCCCCGCGAGAAAGCUCAGAUCGACAGCAUCUUGGAUUCCAUCCUUGCUGGCAGCCAGGACCUGGACGAGAAGGAGGAGGCCCGAUGA